GCCACCGACACCUUUUAAAAUUGAGCUAAAAAUUUUUCCUAAUGGGAGAAUUUUUUUCUCGAUAUAUAGGUCCUUUUUAAGACGUAAAUUCGAUAGGUUGGUUUUUUUGGCUCACCCUACUCUACCCUCUAUCCUCCAUCUCCAUAUUGCCGUCAUAUUCGACAUCGACACAGAUGCCAUUUUUGUAAUUUUUCGCUUGCGGUCAGUUCCCGUUUUCAAAUUAAUUACAAAAGAUUUAAUGUAAUAAAUGUUACAAAGACUAUAAAUAUGGCUCCUAAUCAGAAAAAAAAAAUUAAACCUGACGAACAACCGUUACAAAAAAAAAAUAAAGCUACUAAAUCUAUUUUAACAAAGCAAUAUGAUGAAGAUAAAUUAAAGAAAGCAUUGUAUGACAUUAGAAAUGGUAUGGCAAUACGAACUGCCAGUCGUAAUUACAACAUUCCACGGGGGACUUUACAAGAUCGGGUUCAUGGUAGAGUAGCUGAAGGUGUAAAUAGGAAGGGACCAAGUACAGUAUUGUCAAAAGCUGAAGAGGAUGCUUUGGCAAAUUGGUGUAGAAAUCUUGUAAAAUGCGGAUUUCCUUUGAAAAAAGAAGAUUUGUUAAAUACGGUAGCUCAAAUAAUCAAAAGUGAUGGACGUCAAACACCAUUCACAGACGGCCGUCCGGGGAUAAAAUGGUAUAAAGCUUUUAUGAAUCGCAAUAAAUUAACACCUAAAACUCCGGAAACUAUAAGUAAAGGAAGAGCUGUGAUUACUGAACAAUUAAUUGAAAGCUGGUUCAUUGGGCUCAAAAAUUUUCUCAAAGAAGAGAAUGCUGAAGACAUUCUUGAGGACCCAGAGAGGAUAAUAAAUGGUGAUGAAAUGAGUCUUCAAAUCUGCCCAAAAACAGAAAAAGUUAUUGCCCCAGUGGGAUACAAAAAUGUUCAUCAAGUCUCAACUGGUCCAGAGAAGGAAGCAAUUACUGCUCUACUUUUUUUCACUGCAAGUGGACAAACACUCAAUCCAUGUGUUGUAUUGCCUCACAUACGUCCUCCAUGUGACGUCAUUGAAAGUUUACCUGAAGGAUGGAUUCUAGGUAAAUCAGAGUCUGGCUGGAUGAAAACAGAUAUAUUUUAUGAUUACUUUGUCAAAUCAUUGAAUCCAUGGUUAACUGACAAAAAAAUUAAAAAACCAGUUCUUGUGUUAGUUGAUGGACACAAAAGCCAUCUUACUUUAAAAAUUAGUGAAUAUUGUGCUAAUAAUGGAAUAAUAUUAUAUGCUCUACCACCAAAUACCGCACAUAUGAUGCCACCUGCUGAUGUUAGUCUUUUCAAACCUUUAAAAAAUGAAUGGACGGAAACUGUUCAUAACUGGCAAAUGCAACCGGAAAAUGUAAACUGUCAUUCAUCAAAAAUAAAAUUUAUGAAUAUUAAAUAACAAAGUUUUCGUCAUUAAUUAUUUGUAGUGUUUCAAUUGUCCCUGUUCAUAUUGCAGCACCUCUCUUGUAAAUACUUUCAACAGACUUCAACUGUAUGUUUCUUUUUUUUUUUUUUUUUUUAUUAUUUUUCCGAUUUUUGAUUAUUGUACUGCAGCUUUUACUAAUAUUAUAAGUAGAUUACAACUUAAAUUACAAAGGAAACUGAAUGCGUGUGUUAGAUUUAUUUAUAAAAUUGCUAGGUUUGAACAUGUCAGUAUGUAUUAUAAAAGAUUAGGUUGGUUAAAGUUAAAAUCGAGGAGAGACUACUUUAUUGCUUGCAUAUUUUACAAAGAAAUACAUUUGAACUUUAACCAACUAUUUAGAUCGAAAUUAGAGUUUCUGCCUGUUUUGUUACGUAGAGGAGAUAUAAGGCAAGACUACUUAAGAAUACCAAAAUGUAGAUCAUCAAUAUAUGAAAACUCAUUUUUAAUUCAUGGUAUGCAUGUAUGGAAUUCUUUACCGCCAGAACUAACGACAAUGCAAACUUUUGAAGAAUUUAAGAUUGCUUGUUUCAAUCAAUUUUUUGAAUGUCAAUAAUUAAUUAAUUAAUCUUUUUGUUAAAACGUAAAACAUACACAUGUAUAUAUUUUAUAAGAUUUUUUUGUAUUUUUUGAUGGUCCUCAGUAGGGUGGGUUGAAAAAAAACUUUUUUUUUGUUUUUCUUAGCAUGGGGGUAGAAUUUGUACCUUAUAGAAAAAAAAAUUUUUUUACUCAACAUUUUGAGGUGGCCCAAUCGUUUUUAUAAUAAAUAAUUGAUCAAAUGGGGUAGUCCCAACGAAAAAAAUUACAUGGUGUUCUAGAAUCUGUAGGGUGUCCCCUUGAAAGCUAAUUGAAAGUCAGGAGUUGAAAAAAUUUUUUUCCUAUUAUUUUUGUAAUUUAAGUAAAAAAUUCAAAAAUGAAAAGCAUUUUCUUUUGAAUUAAAAUGAAAGUGAAGUAAAAAAAAAUCACAUUCGACAAUUAUUAGAUGUUUUCCACGAUUUUGGACAAAAAAAAAUUUUUUUCGUUGGAACUACCCCGUUUAAUCAAUUAUUUAUUUUAAAAACGAGUGGGCCACCUCAAAAUGUUGAGUAAACAAAUUUUUUUUUUCUUGAAAUAUUUUUUUUUUUUAUAAGCUACAAAUUCUACCCCCAUGCUAAGAAAAACCAAAAAAAAAGUUUUUUUUCAACCCACCCUAGUCCUCAGGGAGCUACGGCUCUAGGAUCAAAUAAAUAUAUUUAUCUAUCUAUCUAUCUAUCUAUCUAUGUCAUAUAAAAUUUAAAAUAAACUCAUGAUACAAAAAUAAAUGAAGUUGUCUUAAAUUUUUUAAUUUAUAUUUUAUUAGUAACUUUUGUCAUUUCACGCUUAUAAUAUAGCUUGUUAAUCUUUAUACAACAAUUUUAUUAAUAAUAUUAAAGAAAAUGAA